UGGGGCGCGGCUCUCGCUGGCUUUCCCGUGCCCACAAAUACCUGCUUCGACACCCCGGCCUGUCAGGCUCCGCCGUGCGGACGCUGCUUGCCAGAGAGGCGAGGCAGAGCGGGCGGAUCCCGGACCCAGCCAGGGAUGGAGCAGCUCGUCCAUGCCGCCUUGGCGCGGCUGAGCGAGGAGGAGCUGGAGCGCUGCGCGUUCUACCUGCGGGGCCCGCAGCCGGCGCGCGGCGCCCGGGCCGAGCUCCGAGGCGCAGAUGGGGGCCCGGCGCAGCUAGCGCAGCGCUACGCGGGCCGGGCCGCCGAGGUGCUGAGAGAGGCGCUCCGCGACGUGCGCGAGGCGCUGGCCGGGCAGGAGAAGGCGGGAGCAGCGGCAGCGCCAGCUGCUGUAUUGAGAACUGGUGAACAACAAACCAGGAAUCAGACAAGUGAUACAAGUUUUAAAGGAAGAACUGAGCAAAGUGACUGUGACAAAUUGGAUAUGUAUGACAUGAGCAAAACCCGUGUGGCUUUUAUGAUGUGUGUGACAACAGGCAGGCGCGGUGCAGAAAAGGAUAUUGAAGUAAUGAAUAAGUGGUUUGACAAGUACCAGUUUGAAACGCCUUCUGGACAGUGCAUAGAUCCUAAUGGGGAGGAAAUAUUGCCAGCAUUGGAAGAGUUCCGGGAUCAAAUCAAUCAAUCUGAGGAUGAAAUUAGCUGCUGCCUCAUUACUCUUAUGAGUCAUGGGAGGAGUCACGGCCUCAUUCAGGGGAAAGAUGGUGACAAAGUUGAUCUUGAUGAUAUAUUUGCGUUAUUCAACAAUAUACAAUGCCCAAAGCUCCAAGAAAAACCUAAAAUCUUUAUCAUUCAGGCAUGCAGAGGAGGAAAAGAAGACCAUGGAGUUGAAGAAAUACAGCAUGAAUUCAAGGAAGCUGAUUGUACUUGUAACUUGAUAGCUAUCAGGAGGCUGCCAACAGCUAGUGAUUACUAUGUCGUGUAUUCCACUCAAAAGGGUUAUGUUUCUUUGCGUAACACGGAAAAAGGCUCUAGGAUGAUUGAAGCAAUGGAUGAGGUCUUUUCAGAGCAAGGCAUGAAGUGGCAUAUAGGGGAUUUGUUUACUAAAAUCAAUAACAACCUGGUGCACGAAACCUUUAGUAUCCAUGGAUGCCCUGUGAAAGAGACAAUAGUCGUGGAAUCAACUCUGACCAAAGCGGUGUACCUUGCACCUUAACUGGUUGAUCAGCGGAAGACUCACUGCCUUUUGAAUUGCACAAAAUACAUAAUAUAAGAUACCAAUCUCCUAGAACUGGAAGGGACCUUGAAAGGUCAUUGAAUUCAGCCCCCUGCCUUCACUAGCAGGCCCAAGUACUGAUUUUUGCCUCAGAUCCUGAAGUGGCCCCCUUAAGGGUUGAACUCACAACCCUAGGUUUAGGGGACCAAUGCUCAAACCACUGAGCUAUCUGUCUCCCCCUAGUCAAUGAAUAAAAAUAAAAUAAAUACACACAAAAAAGUUUAAAUAGUCACCUUCCAAAUUAUAGCGAAAUUCAUAGGAUGUUCCUUUUAACUAACCAGCUUUAUUACUGCAUUUUAGCAGCUAUUUUCAACAAUGGCAUGUUUUUUUCAAAAAAUAGUCCCAUUUUUCGAGAGCACUUUUUUACAGGAUCUUUGAGAAAACCCAGUUUAGGAUCUUCUAUUUGUUUUCAUUUAUAAAUAAAGUCAACCAGUACAAAAAGUUUUAUGUUGAGAAAUCACUGGCUUCUUUUCUAGUUCUCUACAGGGCAUUUUCUCUUUCCCUGUACUACUUCUUAAAACUCCACCAUAAAAUCUACCCUAACAUCCAACAAAUCUCUUACAACAACUUAGUCCUAAGUAUUAGCCUGGAGAGUCUGUCCUACUAACAGCAGUGUAACAGAGUUAUUUGAAUGUUACCAAUAAUAUGUCCAGUAAUCUCAAGUGUGUGGUGAUGCACCUCAUGUAUCUGAAGAGAAUAAUGGGCCCAACCACUCUAUUUCCAAGGCAAAAUAAGCCUACUCUUCAAGUCUAUGGGAGUCUUUCCAUUGGUUUCAGUGGAUUUUGGAUGAAGAGCUAAAAGGGGGGCGCGUUUCAUAACAUUGGAAGGCAGAGGAAAGAUUCUUCCUGUGUUGCAUAGGAUUUACUGUAUUGGCUCAGACCAGGUACCCACUUAUUCCACAGAUUAUUUGUUAAUAUACAUGGCUUUAUCUUUACCCAGUUUAAAUCUUUCCCGUGGCACCCAGGCCCACAACGUGUUUGGUUAUCCUGAAUUUUGCACAGUCAGUAAGUUUUAUACCAAAAUAUAUUAGUAUUAAGAAGCUGA